AUGUCAACUAACAAAUCCAAGACUGCAUCUCCUACCAGAAGAUCUCAAACUAUCAACAAUAAUGGUACGAAUAAGACAAAUAUAUAAUUAUCCAUAGAUAACUCAAGACAAGACUUUGUUCUUAUGGACAAGGAUCUCCUUAGAGGACUCUCAGAAAAGGAGGUUGAGAUUGAGCACUUAAAGACCACUGUGAUUGCUCUCAAUCAGAAAGUUGAGGUAUGUGAUAUCUUUCUCCAAAUAAAAUCUAAUAACGCUUAAUAGAUCAUUAGAGACCUUGAACUAGAUGCUCAAAAUGCCAACACUAUUACCUAGAACUCUGAGAUAAAGAGAGUUGAACUCCAGACCCAUAUUAGAGAGACUGCUGUGCAAAUCUAGAUUGAAGCCACCAAGAACAAGGAGUUCUAAGAUAAACUCAUUGAGGAAAACAAGAGACUCAGAGAGGAUCUCCACAGAGCCAAUGGCCUCCUUAACGAAAGAGAAGUCGAGAUUCACACUCUGAGAGAGACCAACCUCCAAUGCUUGGCCAAGAUUAGAGAAUAGGAGUAGAUCAUUAGAGUUAAUAUCGACAUUGCUGAUUAACUAGCUCAUGCUAACCAACUUAAUGAGGCCCUAUACAACCAAAAGCUAAAGUUACAAAAGGAACUUGAGACUGCCUCCGAUUACAUUCUAGCUCUUGAGGAUAAGGUUUACAAGGCCAACAAAACAUCUUUAGAGUUAUUGAGAUAAUUGAAAGAUGCUGAGAUUGAAAUUGAAACACUCAAGAACUACAUCAUUGAAUUGAAGCAAAGAAUCGCAGUGUAUAUCCCAGUUAAGGAUGAUGUCAUUGACAAGAAACUUGCUGAGUUCAUCAACAACUACCCUGACAGACAGAAACUCAAGAUUAUGUUCCUCAGAGAGAGCGAGGGUGUCUAUCAAUUCGGUUCCAAGAGAGUUGCCGUCAGAGUCGACAAAGAUAAGAUCAACAUCCGUGUUGGUGGUGGCUAUUUGUCCAUUGAUGAAUUCCUAGAUCAGUACACCCCAGCUGAGCUAGACAAGAUGGAGAGAAAAGACCCACUCAAGAAGUUUAGUGAGAAGAUCGCUAUGCAAAAGACCCUUGUUGGUAAAGAAGUUAGAGAGAGCUCCCCAAUCAGAUCACCAACUAGACAAUGA